AUUUUCGCCUCGUCCUAGGAACUGCAUGUGUGGUUGCUUGCCCCCCCAAACUUUCUUUUAUUAGUCCUGUCAUUGGGAUCCUGGCUUUGUUCUCGUCCUCGUCUCUCCAUCUUCACAUGCGGUGUCUGUCUCGCCUUCUCUGAUCCUAGCGAAUGCAGGAGGCGAGUCCACAACUCUAGCGCUGGUGUGUGACGUGCAUACUUAGCGGGAAAAGCGUUGGGAACUUUCUUCUUCCUCACAUAAACGAAACAGUGGCCCGGCCACCACGCCAUUUUUCUCUUGGAAGUCUCCUCGGCAACUCGCAAUUGCGUUGAUCGUCAGCCCAGAAGCCGCAAAGAUGGCCUUCGAAUCAGUCACGGUAUCGCUGCCGCAGGCAUCCCUCUUCCGGUUUCCUCCCAACCCCAACUGUGGCUUCGUGCCCCCGCCUCCGGCCGGCAGCACCUCCUUCGCCCCACCAGUCGACAUCCCAGACCACGUCUACCACGCUUUCCUCGACCCUAAGGUUCCCAUCACCAUCGCCGCUGUAUAUGCUGUCACCGCCAAGGCGCUCAACGCCUACAAUAAGUCCACCGGCAAGAAGCCCUGGGCCAUCAGCAAGACUUUCGCCUUCCGGUGGUUCGUCAUCGCCCACAAUGUCUUCCUGGCCGUCUACUCUGCUUGGACAUGGUGGGGGAUGCUGGGUACCUUAAGGCGGAGCGUCAUCAGCCCCCUCGGUCCGCAGGGAGUCUCGGGUUUCGUCGAUUCGCUGUGCCGGGUCAACGGAGCGGCCGGCCUGGGCAACGCCGCUUUCUUCAACGACGAGACCAAUUCCUGGCAGACCUUCUCGCCCGAGGCGGUGCUGAAUGAGGAUGGCGUCCCGAGCCGGUUCUCCGCCGGGCGCAUGUGGAACGAGGGCCUCGCCUUCUAUGGCUGGUUGUUCUACCUCAGCAAGUUUUAUGAGGUCUUCGACACGCUCAUCAUCCUCGCCAAGGGCAAGCUCAGCUCGACCCUGCAGACGUACCACCAUGCCGGCGCCAUGAUGUGCAUGUGGGCCGGCAUCCGAUACAUGGCGGUGCCUAUCUGGAUCUUCGUCUUCUUCAACUCGUUCAUCCACGCCCUGAUGUAUACGUACUACACCGUGACUGCUUUCAACAUUCGUGUGCCCGUCUUCGUCAAGCGCAGCCUGACGACGAUGCAAAUCACUCAGUUCCUGGUCGGUGCUUCCUGCGCCAUGAUUCACUCCUUCAUCAGCUAUACCGUCCCGGUGAUCACGGGCUCUCAGACCGACGCCCCCGCCUCCGCCGCCUCUGCCGCCGCCAACGGUUCCAUGGCUGCCGCCACCGGCGGCGUGCUCGACACUGUCAAGGGCACCUACGCACGCCAGUCGGUGCGCUGCAUCACGUCGAGCGGCGAGACCUUUGCGGUGUGGCUCAAUGUGUUCUACCUCGCUCCGCUGACUUAUCUCUUCAUUUCUUUCUUCAUCGAGAGCUACAUUCGUCGUAGCAACGCCAGUCAGCCUAGCACGCGGGGCGCCAAUGCGGGCGUCGCUGCUCGCCGCCUGAGCAACAACGUUCAGCUUGCCGAGAAGGCCGGUUGGGAGGCCGCAAAGAAUGUUGAGCGCGAGGUGUACGGCGAGAGCAACGAAGAAGCAGUCGUUUCCGGAACCAAGAAGGCCAACGGUCGGGUGCUGCGCAGCCGGAAGUAACGGUGGACGGUGACACGCACGGCAACGGCCAAGGGAAUGACACAGCUGCCUCCGUCCGAGCGAGCAUGCAUUGUCGCCAUGGUCAUUUGUGUGUGAACGCCAUAUACCACCCACGGUGGGCCCAUGGCGGGCCCAUGGCGGGAAACGUCCGAGGAAGCAAUCAACCCUUGGGCUCGGACACACUCGGUAGGACGGCCGACGAGGCGCGUAAUCUAAGGGCGGUCGGCCCGCCGACUUGAUGAUUCAUGACGAAGUCAUGAGCCAGUUACGAAGAUAUUUUAUACUGUUGAUGCACACCCAUUCUUCUUGGUCGGGGGCAUAUAUCUCUGCGCGGUAGACACACUGUGUUGGGUUGCAGAUGGGAAGGACGUAUGGGAAAUGGUCAUCAGCGGUUGUUACAUGGUUUUCAAUGAAGUGAGGCAAAAAGGGGGGAGUACAGCGUCAAGGACUCGGGUGAAGGUGCAUUUGCAUUGCGUUAGUCUUACAUAUUUUGUCUCUUGUCAUCAGAUUGGGCUAAUCGGGUACGACGGGCUAAAAGGGGAAAGGAAAGGGCAAGUCGGUACCUACAACGAUAUGCUAAUAUGAAAUGCUUAAGAAAUGGCACAU